GUAGGAUCCGCGCCAGAAGCGGAAGUCGCGCGUACCCACAGACAGCUCAGGCGAGGAACGCGCGGCGUCAUGGCCGCCGACAGUGACGAUGGCGCAGCCUCAGCUCCAGAGGUCUCUGUCGGUGGUAUCAACAAAAGCACAAAAUCUGGGCAGGAGCUAGUAAUCCAGGUUCCAGUGGUGGAUGUGCAAAGUGACAACUUCAAGGAGAUGUGGCCGUCCCUCCUGCUGGCCAUAAAGACAGCCAGUUUUGUGGCUGUGGACACGGAACUGAGUGGGCUUGGGGACAGGAAGAGUUUGCUGAACCAGUGCAUCGAGGAUCGUUACAAGGCCGUGUGUCAUGCUGCCAGAACCCGUUCUGUCCUCUCCCUGGGCCUCGCCUGCUUUAAGCAGCAGCCAAACAAGCAGAACCCUCUUCUCUCCCAGGAACACUCAUACCUGGCCCAGGUGUUCAAUCUGACUUUGCUCUGCAUGGAGGAGUAUGUCAUUGAACCAAAGUCUGUGCAAUUUCUGGUACAACAUGGCUUCAACUUCAACAGGCAGUAUGCCCAGGGUAUCCCCUACCACAAGGGCAAUGAUAAGGGUGAUGAGAGCCAGAGCCAAUCAGUGAGGACUCUGUUCCUAGAGUUAAUCCGGGCCCGCCGACCUCUGGUAUUACACAAUGGUCUUAUAGACUUGGUGUUCCUGUACCAGAACUUCUAUGCACAUCUGCCGGAGACCCUGGGAACCUUCACUGCUGACCUGUGUGAAAUGUUUCCAGCUGGCAUUUAUGAUACCAAAUAUGCUGCUGAGUUUCAUGCCCGCUUUGUGGCCUCCUACUUAGAAUAUGCUUUCCGAAAAUGUGAGCGAGAAAAUGGGAAACAGUGGGCAGCUGGCAGCCCACAUCUUGCCUUGGAGUUCUGCAACUAUCCUUCUAGCAUGAGGGCCCAUAUAGACUAUCGCUGCUGCAUGCCCCCUGCAACCCACCGUCCUCAUUCUAGUAGCAUCUGUGACAACUUCUCGGCCUAUGGUUGGUGCCCCCUGGGACCACAGUGCCCUCAGUCGCAUGAUAUUGACCUCAUCAUUGACACUGAUGAAGCAGUAGUAGAGGACAAGCGGCGGAAGCGACGACGGAGGGAAAAACGGCGAAGGGCUUUGUUGGGCCUUCCUAAAACACAGACCUCCGGGGGAGCUGAAGAUGGCCCUCCCACAAAGCAAAUCUGUGGAGAUGGCCUUAAGACUGAGGAAAUUGAGCAGGUGGUGGUCGAGGAUGUGUCAGGAGACCAGCCUGACUCUGAACAAGAUCAUAAAAAUGAGUUGGAUUUGGAUCUUAAACCAUCAGUGGCUGAAACAGCUGACAUAGCUACCUCAGAAGUGCCAGCAAGUCAAGCCAGUCCCAAUCCAGUACCUGGAGAUGGACUGCACCGGGCUGGUUUUGAUGCCUUUAUGACAGGUUAUGUGAUGGCCUAUGUGGGCAUGAGCCAAGGACCCCAAUCAUGUAGCUCUGAACCCUGGCUACCUGAAUGCCACAACAAGGUAUACCUAAGUGGCAAGGCUGUACCUCUCACAGUGGCCAAGAGCCAGUUCUCCCGUUCCUCCAAAGCCCACAACCAGAAGAUGAAGCUGGCUUGGGGCAGCAGCUGACAUGCAGCAAGCAACCUUGGCACUCGGGGCCCAGGAAGAGAAGCUAAGAGUGGAACAAAGGAGUUGUUUCUCUAACUGAUGGCUGUCCCUCUCCCAGGUACCACAGAGUUAGGGGGUGGGGUGGGACCCUGGCAGAGGUAACUGCUGCAUUGCUCCUGGACCUUCCUCUUUACCCCAGAGGCUGAGGCACAAGGGGUUCAAGUAAGAAGACUGACCAAUACCUGUAACACCAACUUUAUUUUUAAAUA